CGGCGGCUGCAGGAAAGCCUACAGCAGAGGGCGCUGCGCACGCGCUUGCGCCUGCAGACCAUGACCCGCGAGCACGUGCUGCGCUUCCUGCGCCGAAACGCCUUCAUCCUGCUGACCGUCAGCGCGGUGAUGCGGGUCCUGCCGCUCAUUGUCUCCAGCCUGGUCACAGGCAUGGCGUCCCUGGACAACAAGGCGACCGGGCGGAUGGGGAUGCGAGCAGCUGUGUACUACAUGGUGACCACGGUCAUCGCCGUCUUCAUCGGCAUCCUCAUGGUCACCAUCAUCCAUCCUGGGAAGGGCUCCAAGGAGGGGCUGCACCGUGAGGGCCGCAUUGAGACUAUCCCUACAGCCGACGCCUUCAUGGAUCUGAUCAGAAAUAUGUUUCCGCCCAACCUUGUGGAGGCCUGCUUCAAACAGUUCAAGACGCAAUACAGCACCAGGGUGGUCACCAGGACCGUCGUGAGGACAGAGAAUGGGUCCGAGCUGGGUGCCUCCAUGUCUCCUCUGUCCUCAGUGGACAAUGGAACCAGCCUCCUGGAAAAUAUCACCCGCGCCUUGGGCACCCUGCAGGAGGUGUUGAGCUUUGAGGAGACGGUGCCCGUGCCUGGAUCAGCCAAUGGCAUCAACGCCUUGGGCCUCGUGGUCUUCUCUGUGGCCUUCGGGCUGGUCAUUGGUGGCAUGAAACACAAGGGCCGUGUCCUGAGGGACUUCUUCGACAGCCUCAAUGAGGCUAUUAUGAGGCUGGUGGGCAUCAUAAUCUGGUACGCCCCUGUGGGCAUCUUGUUCCUGAUCGCUGGGAAGAUUCUGGAGAUGGAAGACAUGGCCGUGCUGGGGGGUCAGCUGGGCAUGUACACCUUGACUGUCAUCGUGGGCUUGUUCCUCCAUGCCGGUGGCGUCCUGCCUCUUAUCUACUUUCUCGUCACCCACCGGAACCCCUUCCCCUUCAUCGGGGGUGUGCUGCAAGCACUCAUCACUGCCAUGGGCACCUCUUCCAGCUCCGCGACACUGCCCAUAACCUUCCGCUGCUUGGAGGAGGGCCUGGGUGUGGACCGCCGCAUCACCAGGUUCGUGCUGCCCGUGGGGGCCACCGUCAACAUGGACGGCACUGUCCUCUAUGAGGCCCUGACUGCCAUCUUCAUUGCUCAAGUCAACAACUAUGAGCUCAACCUGGGCCAGAUCACGACGAUCAGCAUCACAGCCACAGCAGCCAGCGUUGGGGCUGCCGGCAUCCCCCAGGCGGGGCUGGUCACCAUGGUCAUUGUGCUCACGUCGGUCGGCCUGCCCACGGAGGACAUCACGCUGAUCAUAGCAGUGGACUGGUUCCUUGACCGGCUUCGUACGAUGACGAAUGUGCUCGGGGACUCGAUUGGAGCGGCUGUCAUUGAGCAUCUGUCUCAGAGGGAACUGGAGCUGCAAGAAGCAGAGCUCACCCUCCCCAGCCUGGGGAAACCCUACAAGUCCCUUAUGACACAAGAAAAGGGAGCGUCCAGGGGCCGAGGGGGCAAUGAGAGUGCUAUGUGAGGAUCCUCUAUCCCCAGCUCUGUCACCUGGAAAGGAGGAAAAAGGGCAGGGGAGGGGAGUCCUGGGGACAAUCUUCUUCCCAACUGACCAUGGGCUGAACACACACUCAUGUUCUGUUUGGCUUGUUUGGGGGGAAAACUGAGAUAAAGGAACAGGAAUGAAAGGUAUUCAAGGUCUCUGUUCCUCUCUAAGCAUAUGUCGAGAACUUGAAAGAGAGUGGUGAGCAAAGAAGGGGAUGAAAAAUGUCUCCUGCU